AUGCCUCCUCGCAUCCGUGGUCCACUGAGCCCGCCUCUGUUUCACAAGGUGCUAUUGAGUCACCUCGAAUUCUCCUCCUCUCACCUGCUGCAUGCCUCACCUGCUGCAUGCCUCACCUGCUGCAUGACUCACCUACUGCAUGCCUCACCUGCUGCAUGCCUCACCUGCUGCAUGUGUCCACGCCAGUGUAAGUGGUUGGCUGAGUCUGCCUUUUCCCUCGCUUCCUUCUGCUCCCCUCGGUUCUCCCCCCUUCCCUUUCCUCUUCCCAUUAUCCUCUCUCGCCUCCUCCCACCCACUCGUUUGUCAUCCAUCUGGCUCCCAUCCACUCUCUCCCCCCCUCUCUUGCCUCUCCCCUGCACUCCAAAUCCACCUCUCAUGUCGCCCUUCUAUCACCCCCCUUGCCCUCCAUCACACCCCCCUCUGACCCAACCCAACCCUCCCCCCUCUCGAACCCCUCCCUCCCCUCUCCCCGCUCUUUGCUCUCCCAACCCCGCUGCUGCGACAGCACGCCUCUCAUGCUCCACCCAUCCCCCGCGCCUGUCUCGCCAGCACCACCAGUCUGCCUCUCCUUCCCCGCCUCACACCCAUGCUCUCCCACGUCGCUGCGUUCACCCUCUCAUCCUCCGGGUUUCCCCCCGCUCCCCGACUGGCGGCCCUCCUUGCGCCCUUUAUUGCGCUCGUCCUCUUACUCCUGGUGCGCGCUCUUUCCCCUUCCCUCUAUCGCACACUUCCCCACCCCUUCGCCUGCCGGUUCUCCCCUCUUCCGCCCUUCAACUUCCGCGCAUGCUUUCCCUGCCACGCCUUCUCCUGUCCCUCGCUCCGUUGCCGCCAAACCCAAGCCACUCGCGCCCGCAUUCUCACUUCUCCCCUCCCCUCCCUGUGCCUCCUCUUCCCGCUCCGCCUUUCCUUCCCCCUCCGCGCGACCGACCGCCCGUCAUUGCUUCCUUCUCCACUUCCGCGAACUUUCACGGAGGCGGCGGUAGAGGGGCGCUCGCAGCAGGGAUGGCGGAGACGAUCCAGCGCACUCUCUCCCCUAACCUCUUUCCCGCACUUUCCCCACUCUCCACCUGCCCUUUCUCCCCUCCUCCGCUCUCCUGCUCCCCCUUUUUCGGCAAAACCAGAAUUAUUAGCGCCAGUAUCCCCCUAUUUCCCUCCCCUCCCUGCGCCUCCCCUUCCUCCUCCGUGCGGCCGCCCGUGGAUGCUGCCCUCAUCUGUGUUUCCCCCGCAGCUGGCGCACAAUACCGAUUUUCGCCGACUCUCGCAGAGGCCGCGAUAGCCGCCGCGGACCCGCCCCUGGCGCCCGCGACGGUGCCCUGA